UGACGGGACAGCUUUUUUGGAGUUGAAUGCAUUAUUGCUGCAUGCAAUGGGCAUCAAAAUGGGCCAGGCCAUUAAAAUUCAAGCCAUAAUUGAGGGAAAAAAGGGAUUUUUACGACUGAGUUGUUACUUGUGCACAAAAAAAUUUCAAUCCACUAAUGAUUUUACUUAUCAUUUAAGAAACACGCACCUGUUGUUUGAACCUUGUUUUUUACAAUGCAAUGCUGAUGGUUGCAUGCGGACAUUCACACUUUAUAAAGUGUUACGUAAACACGUUAAAAAAACAUAUGUUUCAUAAUAAUUUGAAUGAAGUUGAUAAACAUGUAGAUAUUACUAUCCAAAAUACAGAAAAUGAAUACUUAGCUGAAGAUUACAAUGAGGUUUUAUAUUCUGAAAGUUUAACAAAAGAAAGUGUAGCAAAAGAAAAUGUUUUUAUUGCACCUAUUGUAGACGAGUAUGGUGUUUCACACGCAGCAUUAAAAUUUUUGAUGUCUCUGCAAUCUUCUAGUUCCAUUUCUCUAAGCGUAUCUCAGUUCAUAAUGGAUAGUUUAAAUGAGUUGUUAAAGAAUAUUAUUAAUUAUCUGCUUGCCAAGACAGACGUUGUGUUAAAAACAUACAGAUGUGAUGCCGCAACAUUCAAUACUCUUUCAGAAGAAUUUAACAACUGGAAAAAUCCUUUUAAAGGCAUUGAUACUCAUUAUAAAAUGUUGAAUUAUCUUAAAGUAAAAGGUCUCUAUGUUGAACCUGAAGCACAUUCAAUAGGAGAUUGGUGGGAUGUUAAGCGAGACAGAUCAACAAAGCAACAAAUGCAGGUAUGUGUAAAAAAUAAAUUUUACCUUAUACCAAUUGAGAAAACUUUGAAAUUGGUUUUGCGACAACCUGAGACUUGGAAAAUUUUAAAAAGAAACAAUGAUUCAGCAAAUGAUAUAGCAGAAGAUUGGUUAGACGGUAAGCAUGGGAGACAGCUAAAAACAUAUGCCAAACAAUAUUUUCCUAACAGUAUUCAUGUAUUUAUUCAGAUUUAUUUUGAUGAGGUAGAGACAACAAAUCCGCUUGGAUCCAAAACUGGAAUACAUAAGUUAGGUGCAUUUUAUUUCACAAUAAAAAACUUUCCACCAGCUGCAAAUUCUGCAUUAAGCAAUAUUCAUUUGUUGGCCUUGGCACAUUCGGAAGACAUUAAACGGUACACCACUGAUCCUGUUAUAGAAGUUAUUGUUCAGCAAUUAAAAGACUUACAUGAUGAGGGCUUUACUGUUUUUUGUGAUGGAAAAGAGAUAAAUAUUCGUUGUUUUUUAACACAAGUUGUUGGUGAUAAUUUAGGGCUACAUGCAAUUCUUGGAUACAUGGAAAAUUUUAGCAGUGCUUCAUUUGCUUGUGACUUGUGUAUGGCAACUCAGGAUGAGAUGCAAAAAGUAUUUUGUGAAUAUUCUCUUACAAUGAGGACAACAAUCAUAUGAGCAACAUAUUGAGCAGCUUAAUAAUGGUACCAUUUCAUCUAAAGAGUGUGACAUAAAGCGUCCCUCAACUUUAAAAAGUUUGAACUAUUACCAUCCUGCUUGUAAUGACUCAGUCGAUAUAAUGCAUGAUUUGUUUGAAGGUGUAAUUCUGUUUGAAGUCAAGUUAUUUUUGCGCCACAUAAUUUAUGUCUUGAAGCUUAUUAAUCUCCAUGGGCUUAAUUGUCGUAUUAAUACAAUGGAUUAUGAUCUGGUUAGUAACUCAAAGCCAAGUUUUAUAAGUGAGUCACAUUUAAAAAGUCACAGCUCAUUGCUUGGACAAAGGUCAGCUUAGAUGCUGAUUUUGUUUUUACAUUUACCAUGUAUUUUAGCUGAUGUUAUUGACAAAGUAGAUAAUUUAAAAUGGCGUUUGUACCAAUUGCUAAAACAGCUGACAGAAAUUAUUUUAUUGCCAAACUCUGUACUGUCGCAUGUUUUGUACUUAAAAGAUCUUGUAUCAGAGCAUCAUGAGUUAUUUAAAAUAUGUUAUCCUGAUAAAAGACUUUUAUACAAACAUCACAGAAUGGUUCACUAUGGUACUAUAAUAGAAAAUAGCGGACCACUUUUACAUAUGAUGGUAAUGCGGUUUGAAGCUAAGCAUAACUUUUCUAAGCGUCUUGCUCAUAUCAUUUGUAACUUUAAAAAUAUAGCGUUUUCUCUCGCAAGCAGACACCAACUUUCUCAUGCUUUUGUUUGGAUGACUAGAUGUCCAUUAAAGGGGAUUUCAGAAGUUGGAAAUGGUACAAUUAUUUCAUCAUCAGAUAUUAAGCAUAAUCAUUAAUUUUACCUUUUAUUGGUGAAAAAAUAGAUGUGUUUAUGACUGAAAAAGUAGUCAUUUUUGGUCAAAAGUACCAAACUAAGAUGUCUGUACUUCACUCUAUUAGUGAUGAAGGUGAACCGUCAUUUGUUAAUAUAGAACAAAUAUAUGUUCAUCACAGUGUAAUUUAUUUUAUUGGACUUGUCACAAUACAUGUGGACUUGGCUUGUCCACAUGUAUUGUGAUCUGACCCUAUUGUAUUGUUCUCUCGAUUCAGAGCGUGUAUGUUUGAGAGCAAGUGACUUAGCAGAUUAUAAACCUUUUGAUGCUGUUCAUUGUUUAAAACCUACAUGUAUAUACAAGCAUAUUAUUUUACGUCACCAUUUGUAUCAUUGCAAUAAAAACGAUAGUGUAUUAAAAGACGUAACAUGCUUAAAAGAUACAACAGCUAUAGCUUUCAGUUUAACUGAAACUUUAAACAGCCCCCUUGAUGAGUCAGCUGUGUUACCAACAUUAUCAUCGACAAUUCAACUUUCACCUGACGGUUUAAACGAGUCAAGAAAAAUUAAGUUAAAUGUUUCUACUACUGAUGUACAGGUUGCUUUAAGAUUGGAUAACAUUGACUUUAACAUACGUAGUUUGCUUGAUGAGCAUCAAACAGGUAAGCUUGUUUUGGCAGAAUAUGAUUCUACAGGUGCACUUAUUAAAAGGCGUCAAGAUAUGAUCCACAUUGUUGUUAACUCAAUGGUCCAUAGAGUUGGAAAUAUGUAUCCUUCCACAAAAACCAAAUCUAAUCUUGCAAAAGCAAUUAUCACUGCCUUUCCAAUUUCGCCAAGUUGAAUGAUUUUUUGGCUCAAUGGGAGUUAAUAACGCCACAUGUUAUCUCUUGGGCAAGGCAAAAGACAAAUUUGAUGGACAAGCAGAUUCUUGCUGAGCUUGAUAUGCAAGACAACCCUUCUAUAGAAAUUGAAAUGGAUUUUGCAUUGUUAUUACUCCCCUUUAUAAUUAAAGUACCAUCAAAGAAUAUAAGUUGUGCAUCAGCUGCUGAAGUUGCGGAACAUUUCAUUCAAUUUUAUCCGGCAUCAACUCCGAUGGAAAUUGUGCUUCAAAGUCUUACAAGCAUCCGUUAGUCAUAGCUUUGGGUACUCAUUGCAGUGUCGGUCAAUUAUUUAUUGUUACAGAGUGUCGAGCUAUUCCUGUCAACAGAUGUAUAUCUUAUGCUGUUGACAUCUUAAUUAAACUUUAUUUUUUAAUGAACAUGGAGUAUGCGGGACAAUGUAGCCACAUAUUGUACUUUUUGCAGCAUACCGUGUUAGGUUACCAAGAUGAAAUGCAUCUAUCGAGAGGAGCGAGUGACUUGUCCCUUUACCUUAGACAAAAACUUAAUCAAUUUUAAACGCAGAAACAAUUAUAUUUUGGUUAUUAUUUGCUAUAUGCAUUGUUAUUGCUAUAUUGCGUAAAUUUGUAUAAAUUAUACUUUUCAGUAUAUUGACUUUCUGAAAAUAAAAUAUCGUUUUUACAACUAAA